UGGUGCAAGGACGCCUUUAUUGAAUGAUUUGCAAAUGUAUUGCUUUAAGUGAAAUACUUUUACACCUUUUUAAGUUCCUCUUCCCUGAGUUAAGUGGUACAAAAUACAAAUAAUUGAAAGAGGAUUAUUCAUCGUGCAUAUAUUCUUAUUACACCAAAUAUACCAAGACCCUGAGAAGGAGUAUGAUAAAAACUUUUUUUUCUUGCUAAACACAAGUAAGAUAUUUUUGAGCAAUCCAUUAUUUUAGCACAAUUCUAGUAAAUGCCUCUAUCAAUGCUUUAGCCGAUUCAAGUGUGAUAGGUUUGGCCAAAUUUGCAGGCGUUGUUCAAUGAGGUGUUCAUUUCCUGUUCAUACAUAUAAUAAAAAACGCUUCCUGUCCGAGCAUCACUAUAGAAGAACUGGCAAUAGCACCCAGAAAAAGUGGACGACUCCUUGUGCAUCUAAACGAGAGACUUGGAGCUGGCAGAUUCCUCUGGAACUCAGCAGGAAGAUGGCUGUCCUGUGCUGGGUGGUUCUGGUUCUGGCCGUCUUCCUGUCUCCUCAAUGCAGUCUAGCCGCUGUAGACGAGGCCUGGCUAACCGACAUUAUACAAAAUCUCAAAAAUGAGUAUGAAUUGGGUGACAGCUACAGUCUGGUUGUCAACCUCCCUGUGAACCAAGACAUAAGCAGUCUUGCAGAAGUUCUUAAGGAUGACCCUGCAGAUGCAGUGAAACAAGCUAUUUCAACGGGUCAAGGGUACCAAGGCACGAGGGUUGUUGCAGCUGCCCAGUCUGGAGCACUGGCCCAUGUUCUAGAGAAAAUACAGCCCCUCAUAAAAAGCAGUGAUGGCAACGUCCUCAUCGUCUACUCUGAAGGCUACCCUGAUGCAAAUGGCAUUGACAACAAGAUCAGUAACAUUGUUCAGAACUGGAAGAGUUAUGCUUUUGUGUUUUCUAAAGUAGCUGAUGUUGCUGAUGCUGACACGCUUGCGAGGGCUGCAAUGUUCAAAGAGCAAGAGGUUUCAAAGUUUGGGCUUGAAAACAUAUUCCGUUGUUAUGAGCAAAGCGAUUCUUUUCAGUGCACAAACUGCAAAGCAGGCGAUAAUGUUGCACCAUCCUGCGUUGCAGAUACAAUGCAAUCAGGUGCCAACGAAGAGACAGCAGUAGGUGCCACAGAGCCGCCUACAGGAAGUGAUGAAGGCACAAUUUCAGGUUUAAAUAACGAGUCUGACAUAGGCACAAUCGCUGGCACUGACCAAGACUAUGAGGGUGGAGGGAUGAUUGAUGUCAUGGGUGGACAGGAACCAAGAAAGGGCAAAACGAGGCAAAAGGGGAAGAGAGGUGGAGAGGUGAAAGAAGGAGGUAAACGUGGAAAAGGAGGCAAGAUGAGAAAAUCACGUAGACGUGGAGAAGGAAGCAAGAUGAGAAAAUCACGUAGACGUGGGAAAAGAGGCAAGAUGAGAAAAUCACGUAGACGUGGAAAAGGAGGGAAGAUGAGAAAAUCACGUAGACGUGGAAAAGGAGGGAAGAUGAGAAAAUCACGUGGACGUGGGAAACGAGGCAAGAUGAGAAAAUCACGUAGACGUGGGAAAGGAGGCAAGAUGAGAAAAUCACGUAGACGUGGAAAAGGAGGCAAGAUGAGAAAAUCACGUAGACGUGGGAAAGGAGGCAAGAUGAGAAAAUCACGUAGACGUGGAAAAGGAGGCAAGAUGAGAAAAUCACGUAGACGUGGAAAAGGAGGGAAGAUGAGAAAAUCACGUAGACGUGGGAAAGGAGGCAAGAUGAGAAAAUCACGUAGACGUGGAAAAGGAGGCAAGAUGAGAAAAUCACGUAGACGUGGGAAAGGAGGCAAGAUGAGAAAAUCACGUAGACGUAGAGGUGGGAGGCGUAGAAGCAAGAGAAGGGGGUAGAUAGCUAACAGUGCAUAACAAUCUGCUUUGCCAAAUUUUGAGCAACAAAAACAUUUAACAUUUGUUUAAAAAAUCAGGUACUUUGCAAAAGUGUUUUUACUUCAUUUAAUCUGAUGAAACCAUUGGCUUUGUCUGGCCAAAUAAACAUAAUUCAUUUAUCUGUAUUGACAUGAUUUAUUUGAAAGGAUGCUGUCGUGUUUUGCUUUUCUAUAUAACAGAAUUCCAACUAUUUAUGUGGAACCUUGAUAUUUUUGCUACUUUUGAUUAAAGUUUGCUUUAGCAUUUUAA